AUGGCUAGUCUAACCUCCCAACAACGUGAACAAGCCAUCGGACGAUUAAAUACCGGACCACACGCUCAAGUCAUUGUCAAUGCAUUUAACUGUAGUGUACGAACCAUUGAGAGACUUCGUAUUCGUUACAACACCACCAACAGCACUGAUGACCGUCCACGCUGUGAUCGUCCCCGAAUCACUACACCAAUAUCCUGCAGCAACAUCUGCAUGACAGAUUCACCUCAGCGGCACAGACAGCUUGUCAGACCAUUGGCCACUAUCAGUAACCCCCAUCCAUUGGCGGCCUUAGCAGUGGAGGAUCCACGUGUUUCCAGAUGA